AUGUCCUCAGAACAUGACCAGAAGAUGAGCUGUCCUCAGACCACGUUAGAAGAAAAAGACUGUGCUCCCCCAGAGGAACUGGAGUGUAAAAUCUGUUACCAGCGCUACAAUGCACACAACCGGAAGCCUAAGAUCCUGGAUUGCCUACAUCGGGUCUGCGCCCGCUGCCUCAUCAAGAUCCUGGACAUUGCUGACAGAGCGGGCUGCAUUCCCUGCCCCUUUUGCCGACACCAAACUGAAAUCACAGAGUACCACAUCUCUGCCCUGCCCGACGACGUUAACAUCAUGUCCCACCUGGCAUUGCAGGACAAGUCCGGUAGCUCUGACCAGAACGGGGAGGUGGUCCUGACUCCAAAGGGUUUUUCCUCCACCAGCCCGUCGUGUGACUCCUCCAACUGUCUAGUCAUCACUAUAAUGGAGGUUCAAAGGGACCCACAGCGAUCUCCGAGCCGUAAUGGCAGCUCUGACAUCUAUGCUGAGCAGAGCCUGGACUCCAUGUCGAUAGGAUCUAAUGGGCCUGCUGAUCAUGAUGCCUUGCCCAAGUUCUGUAAUCAUGUCCCACGCAUUUUGGUCUGGCUGCUGGGUUUCUUGUAUUUUGGUUCGCUGCCUCUAGGAAUCUAUUUGCUAGUGAUCCAGAGAGUGACUCUAGGAAUUGUAUGUGUUAGUUUAGUGCCAUCAAGCCUGACAGUUUGCUUAGUUUACGGGUUUUGCCAGUGCCUGUGCCAGGGUAUGUGUGACUGCUUCGCUAGGGGCUGAUGGGAUGAUAAUUGGUUGUUCCAGCGAUAAGGAAAGAGUCAACUUCAGAAAACAUGGGACAUGGUGUGUUCUGUGGAUAGAUAAGAAGCCUUGAGUUGAGAAUACCAUCCUCCUCUGCCCUGGCUUAAUAACAAGUCCAGCUGCAGCUCUCGUUAUACAAAUAAAGGGCCAGUAAGAUGGAACAAGACUAUCUUGAGUUAUGUGCUGUGUUUUUUAAUGC